GUGUUGUUUUAGCUCCUGCUGGUUUUCUGGCUCUGUGGAGCAAUAGAGCCCGGUGUUGAGCAGCAGCUGCAGCUCAGUGCGCCGCGCAGAGAUGGAGGACGAGCUGGCCGCCGCUCAGCUCCUGUAAACCGGACAGGAGAGCGUCGGACGAGCCGGUGGGGAGAGGAGGGGCGGGGAUGGGGGCAGACUAACCAUGACUGAUACCACCGACUGAACAUCCUCACUGGAAAACACCGGGAUCGCCUCGGAGAUCCUAUGAAAGCGUGUUGAGCCUCUCCUCGGUGGGUUGGCAUGGCCCAGUGAUGAACGGAGCGGUGCUGCCCGGUAGCCCGGAGCUUUCCUCCUCGUGUCCACUGCCCGACUGGAGAGAGUUCUGCGAGCUCCAUGCCAGAGCCUCGGCCGCCGACUUCGCCGACAAGUUCCAGCGCUUCUUGUCGGAGAACCCGUGCUACGACUCGCCCGGCGCCGAUGCCAGCUUCUCGCAGCACUUCGCCAACCACUUUCUUGAGUGCUUCUCUGCGGCGCUGACCCAGGCCAAGGAGAAACGGGCGUCCUCUCCGGGGGAGGACGGCUGCAACGCGGCGACCAAGUACAGCAUCGUUCCUUUCCUGGGAAUCCAGGGUUGCCCGCUGACCUACGGCCACGACCUCUACCAGCAGCGCAAAGACACUGGGGCUUCAAGUGAGUCUCUGGACAGCAUGGACAGUGGAGGAGGAGGGAUGGACGGGGGAGGCGGUGGCGGCAGCACCUCCUCCAGGGGUUCGCAGAACCACAAGAUGUCCGUUCUGGGACAGUCGCGCAGCUCAGAGGACGUGUCUGUCAGCCACCCAAAGGCUCGCUUCAAGAAAGGCUUCUCCCUGAGGAACAUGAGUCUGUGUGUCGUGGACGGGGUGAAGGAGAUGUGGCACAGACGGGCCUCCCCGGAGCCCGACGCCCCCUCGGGAGCCAGGAGGGCCAACGGGGCGGGAGGCGAGGCGGGAGGGAGCGAGAAGUGGUCCCAGAAGCUCAGGCUUCCCCGGAGUUCCCAGGGCCACAAGGCCGAGCUGCUGGAGAUCCAGAGGGAGGGGGCGCUGAGGUACAUGGUGGCCGACGACACGAACUGUGUGGGCGCCGCGCAGUGGCAGAAGUGCCGCCUGCUGCUCAGGAAGACCAAGCGGGAGGACGGUGGGGAGAAGUUCCUGCUGGAGUUCUACGUUCCUCCAAAGUGUUCAAAGCCUAAAGUGAGCAUCCCUCUCUCAGCGAUCGUGGAGGUGAGGACCACCAUGCCGCUGGAGAUGCCCGACAAGGACAACACUUUUGUUCUGAAGGUGGAGAAUGGGGGGGAGUACAUCCUGGAAACCAUCGACUCUCUGCAGAAAAACUCCUGGGUUGCUGAUAUCCAGGACUGCAUAGACCCCGGAGACAGCGGCGAUGACAUCGAGCUGGCGUCAUGUCCUCACGGUCAGGCCUCCAAAGACUGCUCCAUGGUGGCCUCUUGCAGCUGCGAGCUGCUUUCCGAGGGUGUGUAUCGUGCUCCAGAGAGGUCCUGUCCCACAGCAUCAGAUCAUUACAGCGCCCCCUCAGUUCGAUGCAGGGAGCCUCCCUUCACUCAGCACCCUUCACACAUGCCUUUAGAGCGCUUCCUGCAGUCCGCAGAGGCCCAGAGCUCCAACGCUUCUGCAGGUGGUGGCGAAGGAACAAAGGAGCCAGAGGGCGAUGCCAGUUUGGCAGGUUACCCAUGGUUUCACGGUACUCUGUCUCGUGUUCGAGCGGCUCAGCUGGUGCUUGCAGGCGGGACCAGGAGCCACGGGCUCUUCGUGAUUCGUCAGAGCGAGACGCGGCCGGGCGAGUACGUCCUCACCUUCAACUUCCAGGGCAAAGCCAAGCAUUUACGUUUGUCCGUUAAUGAGAACGGCCAGUGCCACGUCCACCACUUGUGGUUCCACACUGUGACGGACAUGCUGAGACACUUCCACGCCCACCCGAUUCCCCUGGAGUCCGGCGGAUCGGCCGACAUCACGUUACGCUCGUAUGUGCAGGUUCAGCGAAGCUCCGCUGCAGAUGCGACCGUGCCUCCGGUUUUCACUCCUCCUCGGGAUGCGUCCUGCAGAACGGAUCCCGUCCAGCCGGCCCUUCACCCGCCCGGAACUGCCGCUCCUGUGGGGCCUUCGUCCGACGGGCCCCUGUCCUCCAGCACCUCGUCCUCGCCCACUGCCCUACCAUCCCUCUCCCGGAGCGACCCCGGAACGGGGCUGGGCGGCGGCGGCGGCCUGCAGAGCCGGAGCAACAGCUCCGAGCGCCUGUUGGAGGCGUCGAGCGGUGCGUCCGAGGAUUACCACGACGCCGACGGGACCCGCAGGGCCCGCGCCGUGGAGAACCAGUACUCCUUCUACUAAGCAACCAUCCUAAAAAAAAAACUAACAAAAAAAACGUUUGGCUUGUUUACGUCCUGAAAACACAAGGUGUCAAGGACAACUCCGCACAUUUAAAGAAACAACAAUAACAACACAACCCUGAUCCAAAUCACUCCUCAUUUCCUCGGCUUAUUUUUGUUCCAGGGAAAUUUCCUGGGAAGCAAAUGAUGCCAAACGGCCUGUUCAUGCUAACAAAUUCCUCUUUUGGCUUGAUAUCAAGGACGUGGGUAACGGACACAGAACAAGAGGUUAAGAUGCACAAAAAAAAAUAAAUAAAUAGAAAAACUUGAUAGUGUGGAUGAUUGCAGGCAGAUGGAGUCAUAUGGUUUCGAUUCACUUCCUCUGUCCGUUUUCUGCUCGGCCUUACCCACAGUUCCUCAGGAGCGGAACCGGUGUCGCCGCCCUGCCAGAGGACUGAGAGUCUGAAAUGACCCUGCAGAAACCCCCCGCCUCUCUCGCUCAGUUCCUCGGAGCAUCCUGUUAAUGUUUGUAAAGCUGCUUUGAAUCUGUCCCGGAUAUCCUCGCUGUCCCCCGAGGAUUUUCUCUUCAGAGUCCGGCUCCGGGUCUUUACACUAACACUGGGACAGCUAGCACAUGUGUUUGUGUUAGCUGAGAGGUAUUUUUCCUAAACCUGAACAGCCUGAGGGGCCUCGGUGCCUGACAGUUAGUCUGAACUCAGAACAGACUGAAGCAGGAGGAGUCGAUUAACAUCCCCUAAAAAUGUGAGUUUAAUCUCUGGUUAAAAUCUACAAUGCAAACGUAUUCAUAGCCCUGGAUCUUUUCCACAUUCGGUCAGAGGGAUUUUAUGUGUUAGAUCAAAACAAAGUAAAGUAAGUUGUGAGAUGAAAGGAAAAUGAUACAUCUUUGUUUUAAUUUUUACAAAUGAAAAUUUUAAAAAUGUGUUUUACAUUCAAAGUCUGCCCCCCUUUUACUCUGAUAAACCUAAGAAAAAGUCCACUGUAGCCAACCGCCCUCAGUCCACCUGCAUAAAACUUAAUCUCAUUUUAAGUCCAGCUGUUCUGCUGAGGCUUCGCAGAACAGCUGGAGUACGUUACUGAACAAGAAGACCAAGAAACACAUAGAACUUGGAACUUUAAAUCAAGAUUAGGCUAUAAAACAAUAUUCCAAGUUUUCUACUGCACCACGAUCCAUGUAGUAGAAAGAGACAACGAAAUUAAACUUUUUGCCCAACAUUAUACAUGAUGAUGCUGAACACAUCAUCCCCAUGAGGAAACACAGUGGUAGCUGUGUCAUGCUGUGGGACUUCUUUCCUUCAGCGGGGGCAGGGAAGUUGGUCAAAGAUGAUGUGUGUAGAUAAAUACAAGGCAUUCGUGAAUUUCACUCUGCUUUACAAUCAUGCACAACUCGGUGUUGAUCUGUCACGUAAAACCCCAAUUAAAAUAGACUAAAGUUUGUAUUUUAGAGUGACAAGUUGUGGGAAAAGUUAGAGGGAUAUGGCUAUUUUUGCAAGACCGGAUGUUAAAAAUGCCAUCUGUAAAGGUUUCUGAAAGUUUCAGUGAGGUCACUACAUCCAGACACAAGGUCAGGUGUUUGUUUUGCUAAAAGGUUUGAGAUAGUUUCUAUGAACCGGACAGGACGGCUCCCGUGUUAGCGGGUUGUUACUCUGAAUGUGUGGCAGUGUAUUAGAGUCCAGAUAUUUUUAAUGGUGUGUGUGUGUGCUGCAGUGGUGUUUCUGAAACAUGCUUUUCCGGGUUCCUCCGUCCUGGUGGCGGUUCCGUAUUCACACUCAUCACCAUCAGUGGUAACCCAUAGUUUAGAUUCUCUGUUAACAUAAGAUUACUUUGAAAUAACACCUUGAGGAAUAAACAAAACCCAGCUUUAUUUGGGGGAACUUGCAACAUGUUUUUUUUCUUUUCUUUUUGGGUGUGUGUGUGUGUGGGCCUGUAGGGGUGUGUGUGUGUGCGUGUGUGUGUGUGCGUGUGCGUGUGUGUGUGUGAAAGGCAGCGUUGGGGACUGUUGUGUGUGCUCUGCAGGUAAGCUUGUGGGUAUUGACUAGGACAAAGUGGUCAAGGUGGCCAUGCUUGAAUAGAAAGAUGGGGUUUUGCUGUACGAACUGAGGUUUUAUGCAAAUUAUUUCAAGAAAAAAAACUGAUUUACGUUCAAAGUAUGUAACAUUCAGUUUGAAAAACAACCUAAUUUGGGUUAUUUUGCGAAUCCAGUAUGAACGAUAAAAUUAACAAAGUUUAUUGCGUCAGACGGGCAGUAGCGAUGGGCCAGAAACAAACACUUUUUUUUUGUUCAGUUUGCCAAAAAGAUUAUAAAUGGCAAAAGUUUCAUGUGAAAACUGUUCUCUUAAAGAAAGAAAACCCCAAAACGCUACUUUUAUUGGAAACACACAGUUAAACGUGUCUUAUCGAGUAUGGCCACCGAGCCUGGAAUGUGAUUUCAGCGAACAGGUGAAUGGAGCAGCUCAUGUGCCAAUAAGAAUCCUAUUUUUUGAAAGCCAGUUAUUCCUUCACCCAUGUAAAUGACAUGUUUCCUAUCGAGUCUUAUUUAUGUACAACCGGUUCUUCUUUAUGAAACAGUGGAGAGAGAGAAAACGCCCCGACCCGUCCCACAUAUCAGCGACCGCUCUUCUUUCUGCUCUACGUAACUCUCCCACAGCUGAACUUUCUGUUGUCUGACUGAGUUUUGAAGAGUCUGUGCAAUUUUGUACAAAGUGAUGUAAUUGACAUACUACUUUAUAUUUCUGUGAAUAAAACGUGACUCUAUCGGA